UAUCUCUUCAAGUGUUACCGAAUGGCUUCUUCUACCACUAGUGCUUCAUUUUCAAUGGCCGUUUUGACUUCGGCUUGCGUUUGGGUCUUGAUCGGUGCAAGCGCGAGUGCGCAACUUUCCUUCGACUAUUACACCAGAUCUUGCCCCGUCCUCUUCCCCACGGUGAGGCUAACCGUGGGAGCAGCUAUAGCGAGGGAGGCUCAGAUGGGUGCCUCACUGCUUCGCUUGUUCUUCCACGAUUGCUUCGUCAAUGGCUGCGACGGAUCAAUUCUUCUGGACGAUACACCUACUUUCACCGGAGAGAAAAAUGCUGCUCCGAACGUCCAUUCAGUGCAAGGGUUCGAAGUGGUCGACCAAGUUAAGUCUGCCGUGGAGGGUGUGUGCCCAGGCAUCAUCUCAUGCGCCGAUUUGUUGGCAAUUAUCGCGCGAGACUCCGUCGUGAUACUUGGAGGGCCGUGGUGGCCAGUGAAGCUGGGAAGAAGAGAUGCAAGAAGUGCAAGCCAAGCUGCUGCUAAUGAGAGCAUCCCCCCACCAACUUCGGACCUCAAGAAAUUAAUCUCCUCCUUCCAAAAUGUCGGUCUCAAUAUCAGGGACCUUGUGGCUUUCGCUGGUAAUUUUAGUCCCCACACGGUUGGACUAUCGAGAUGCACAAACUUCAGGGACUGGGUCUACAACGAGACCGACAUCGACGUGCUGCUGGCCCAAACGAGGAAGCUCGGCUGCCCCGGCGUCAACAGCAUCGACGACGACAAUCUGGCCCCGCUCGACUUCCGUAGCCCGAUAACGUUCGACCACAGCUGCUAUUACAACCUUGUCCAGAGACGAGGCCUUCUUCACUCGGACCAACAGCUCUUCAACGGCGGGCCCGCCGACUCGCUCGUGAAGCUCUACAGCAGAAGCCCGGUCGCCUUCGACAAGGACUUCGUGGUCUCCAUCACAAGGAUGGGCGACGUCAAGUCCCUCACCGGAUCCAAUGGUGAGAUUCGGAGGAACUGUAGGAGGGUCAAUUGAGGCCCUUUGAUUUGGAGAGAGGCCCAAUGUCUUGCCUGAUGAAGACUCUUUCUCUUCUUGCUGU